AUGUGGCUUCUCAACACAAUCACUUUGAAACUAGAAGAGUUCUGCAAUGACCUUCCACCCUAUGCCAUCCUGUCCCAUACCUGGGAUGUCCCAAGUCAGGAAGUGACCUUUGUGGAGAUGCAGGGCUUGCGCGAAACCAUCACCAACAAGACCGGUUUCGCAAAGAUCACCAACUUUUGCCGCCUCGCAAGUCAAAAGGGUUACGAAUAUGGUUGGGUAGACACCUGCUGCAUCGACAAGCGCAACAGUGCCGACCUAUCCGAGGCCAUCAACUCCAUGUACCGCUAUUACUACGACUCAGGAGACUGCCUCGUCUACCUCUCCGAUACCAAAGCGAUGGCUGACUGGGGAAGCCUAUCGAUUGCCAAGCUUGAUGAUGCUUUAAGGCCAUGUCGGUGGUUCACACGCGGUUGGACCCUUCAAGAGCUCCUUGCCCCUGAGACAAGAUCAUUCUUCGACGCCACAUGGCAACCCAUCACAAACAGGCACCUCGUCAGCGUUAUCUCGAACAUCACUAAGAUUGGCGACGCCUGUCUUCUAUUUCGUGACAAUGUCUCCGAGGUGAGCAUAUCGGAACGAAUGGGAUGGGCAUCAGAGCGACAUACCACACGCAGCGAAGACAUAACCUACAGCCUCAUGGGCAUCUUCAACAUUUGCAUGCCUAUUCUCUAUGGCGAGGGGGGCAAGAAGGCAUUCCGUCGGCUACAAAAAGAGAUCAUGCGUGUGUCCUUUGACCAAAGUCUUUUCGUGUGGAAGGAAGAUGUGUCAAGUAGUGGAUUUCUAGCCAGUUCACCUGCUGCAUUUGCCUGCCCACCGACUCUUGGGUUAUGGGCUCCUCGCAACCUCGCUCCUUUCUAUAUGACCAAUGUUGGGUUGUCAGUACGCUUGAACAUUGUCGAAAUCCUGGUUGAGGACCGCACAUGGGUGCCGAAAAAUGUACUCGAAAUCCACGAUUCCGAAGACGAUGAGGAAAAGGUUCAGAUGGCGAUCAUUGGGUGCGAUAUCUUGAAUAGUGACAACCGCUGGGUUCUCUUGGCUCUUUAUGUUCAGCCUGUUCCGGGAGGGAGUUUCGUUAUAAAUGGGAAGCUUUCCAGAGCAUACCGUCGCGUUGCAAGCCAUACAUGGACUGCAGUGCCAACGGGGGCAUUGUUUCACAGGAGCGGACCGAGCAGGUCAACAGAUGUUUUGAUACUGGAGGAUGAACAUUAUGAUCUAGUGCGCCGGGCUUCACGAGAGCAUGACCACAGAACCUGGAACCGCUUCGGUGUUUCUCUCCCUCCAAUUUUGCGACUAGACCUUGAAGCUAAAUCUGAACCGUCUCAGACUUGA